CCAGAACCAGAACCAGAUUCAGAACCAGAACCAGAACAAGCGACACCAGAACCAGAACCAGCGGCUCCUUCACUCUCUGGGCUUCAAUGAGGCGCGUGCACCCGGCUGAGAGCGCGCCCAGCUGACGGCCAGUGAUCGGUGAUCGAUAGGUGCGAUCGGUUCUGGACGGACUGGUCGGGUUCGGGUCUGACCGGGUCUGGAUUUGGUUGUUCCGGGUGGGAUGGAGGUGCAGAGGGGGCUGCGGGUCCCUGUGGCCCCGGGACGGACCUCCUCCUGCUGGCUGCUACUGCUACUACUGACCUGCUGCCGGGCCGAAGAGGAGGUGCUGGUCAACACCCGGUUGGAGACGUCUGACCUCCGGUGGACGAGCCACCCGUCUGAUGAUCCUCAGUGGGAGGAAGUGAGCGCGGUGGACGACGAGUCCAACAGCGUGCGGACGUAUGAGAUCUGCACGCCCAACAGUCCGUCCUCCUAUUGGCUGAGGACCCGCUGGAUCCCCCGGCGGGCGGCGACCACGCUCUACGUGGAGAUCCGGUUCAGCAUGAUGGAGUGUUCCAGUCUCAACCAGCGCCACUGUAAAGAGACCUUCAACCUGUUCUACUACCAGUCCGACGCCGACGAGGCCACGCCCGCCCACCCGGCCUGGAUGGAGAACCCGUACGUCAAAGUGGCCACGGUGGCGUCGGACCACCUGAUCGACGCGUCCAGGCGAGGCGAGAAGCGCUCCAACCUCAAGCUGCUGCGCCUGGAGCCUCUGCGGGGGGCGGGGCUCUACCUGGCCUUCCAGAGCCAGGGCGCCUGCAUGGCGCUGCUCUCCGUACGCGUCUUCUACAGGAAGUGCCUGCCCCUCAGCCGCGCCUUCGCCUCCUUCCCCGAAACCGUCCCGCACUCGCUGGUGGAGCAGGCUCAGGGUGUGUGUGUGGAGAACGCUGUGACGCCGCCCGGCGAGCAGUCGCGACCCCCCAGCAUGCUCUGCGGCGAGGACGGGCAGUGGGUGGGGCAGCCGACAUCCAGCUGCGCCUGUCGCCCCGGAUACGAGGCCGGCGAGACCGACGUGCGCUGUCGAGCGUGUCCGUCCCGUCAGUUUAAGGCGGGUUCUGGUCCAGGUGGGUGUAGCCCGUGUCCAGCCAGAAGUGACACUCGGAUCCCUGGCUCCGCCUACUGCCCGUGUCUCCCCGGUAACCACCGACCUGACUCCGACCCGCCGCACGCCGCCUGCACAAGCCCCCCCUCUGCUCCCCGCUCCAUCGUGAGUCAGAUCAACGACACCUCGGUGACUCUGGAGUGGAGCGAGCCGCUGGACCGAGGAGGACGAGGAGACCUGGACUACCGGGUCCUCUGCUCCAUCUGUGGGACCGCCUCCUUCACCAAGGGAUUGGUGGGUUCCUGUUCUCCGUGUGAUGACAGCGUUCUGUACCGGCCGGCUCAGCGCGGUCUGACUCAGCGCCGCGUCGCCGUGUGGGGGCUCCGCCCACACACCAAGUACACCUUCACCAUCCAAUCCCUGAACGGCGUCUCUGCUCUCAGCCAAUCAGAGCCGGCCUCCGACGGGGUCAACAUCACCACCAGCAGAGACGGUACACAACACAUACUGGUUCCUCCUCCUGUGUCCGGUCUGAGGAGGGCGGCGGCCUCAGAGUCCAGUCUGUCUUUAGAGUGGAACGUUCCAGUUCUGCAGAACCAGAACCAGAACCAGAUCCUGGACUACCAGAUCCGCUACAGCCCCAAGGACGGCGAGGAGGCGGGUCAGUGGCAGUACGUAUCCAGCAGGUCUUCUUCGGUGGUGCUGACGGGGCUGCAGCGGGCGGUGCAGUAUCAGGUGCAGGUCCGCGCUCGCUCGCAGGCCGGAUACGGAACGUUCAGCGCGGCGAGCAACUUCAACACGCUGCCUGAUGGUGUGGGUUCUCGGCUGGCGGUGACGGGGGUCCUCGUCUCCGUGGGGAUGCUGCUGCUCAUCGCCGUGGCGAUCGUCGCUGUGUUCUGUUACCGUAGGAGACUGAAGGACUCAGACAUCAGUGAUAAGAGUGGACACUACCAGAUGGGACAGACGAUGAAGGUGUACAUCGACCCGUUUACGUACGAGGACCCCAACGAGGCGGUGAGGGAGUUCGCCAAAGAGAUCGAGGCGUCCUUCGUGAAGAUAGAGGAAGUGAUCGGAGCAGGUGAGUUUGGCGAGGUGUGUCGAGGUCGGCUGAGGGUCCCGGGCCGGAAGGAGAACUACGUGGCGAUCAAGACGCUGAAGGGCGGCUACACGGACAAGCAGAGGCGGGACUUCCUGUCGGAGGCGUCCAUCAUGGGUCAGUUCCAGCACCCCAACAUCAUCCACCUGGAGGGCGUCAUCACCACUUCCUGUCCCGUCAUGAUCCUCACCGAGUUCAUGGAGAACGGAGCGCUGGACAGCUUCCUGAGGAUGAAUGACGGACAGUUCACCACCAUCCAGCUGGUGGGGAUGCUGCGUGGGAUCGCGGCGGGGAUGAAGUAUCUGUCCGACAUGAGCUUCGUCCACAGAGACCUGGCAGCUCGCAACAUCCUGGUCAACUCCAACCUGGUCUGUAAGGUGUCAGACUUUGGACUCAGCAGGUUCCUGACUGAAAACUCGUCCGACCCGACGUACACCAGCUCUCUGGGAGGGAAGAUUCCUAUUCGGUGGACGGCUCCUGAAGCCAUCGCCUACAGGAAGUUCACGUCAGCCAGCGAUGCGUGGAGUUACGGCAUCGUCAUGUGGGAAGUGAUGUCAUACGGAGAACGACCAUAUUGGGACAUGAGCAACCAGGACGUGAUCAACGCCAUCGAACAGGACUACCGGCUGCCCCCCCCUCCGGAGUGUCCGUCCUCCCUUCACUCUCUGAUGUUGGACUGUUGGCAGAAGGAACGAGCCAAUCGGCCGAGGUUCUGCGACGUGGUGGCAGCGCUCGAUAGGCUGAUCCGAAACCCCGCCUCCCUGAAGGUGACGCUGCCGGAUGGCCGGAGUGCGUCCCAGCCCCUGUUGGACCAGCGUGUCCCCCCCUCUCUCUCGGCCUGUGGUUCUGUCUCUGAGUGGCUUCGAGCCAUAAAGAUGGAGCGGUACGAGCAGAGCUUCCUGCAGGAAGGAUUCAGCAGCCUGGACGUCGUCUCACAGCUCAACACCGAAGACCUGCUCAGAGUGGGCGUGACCCUCGCCGGCCACCAGAAGAAAAUCCUCUCCUCCAUCCAGACGCUCCGGAUACACAAAGCCCCGCCCACCCUUCUCUACUGACCAAAUCAGAAAGCCUGAGGACCAGUGAGACUCCGCCCCCCCUGAUGGUCAGACCAAUGAGAGGCAUCGGGUUUAACGGAGCACAAAGAACACUAAAUAACUAAUUAACCACAGCCAGCACCCGAUUGGUCGACUGUCAGGCCUCGCCAGACCACAUCAGCCAUCCACUGCUCAGGAAAACCAAAGCUCCUCCCACCUCCUUGGCCGGGUGUCUUUAUAGUCCCGGACUCCCCGGCCAAUCGGCAUCCAGCACAACAGAGACGUUCUCUUAUUGGACGAGGAGAUGGAGCCCACGCACUGCAUGAAAGCACCGCUGGGAUUGGUUCCCAGCCCUGUCCGUCACACAGAACCACCAGAUUCUGGAUCUUCCUGCUCUGCAGCAUCAACGGAUCUGAAUCUGUUGAUUUGUUCUUUCAUGAUGAUCAAAUGUAACGCUCCCAGACUGCCGAGGAACGGGAGACAUUUAGGAACAACCGAAGGGAUUUUAGUCGUGAGUUAACGUGUCCACGUUAAACCUUUUAAUAUCAGGAAGGUUCUGGAUUAUAACGGAACCUUUCUGAUGUGGGAACCUUUUAAUAUCGGGAAGGUUCUGGAUUAUAACGGGACGUUUCUGAUGUGGGAACCUUUUAAUAUCGGGAAGGUUCUGGAUUAUAACGGAACGUUUCUGAUGUGGGAACCUUUUAAUAUCGGGAAGGUUCUGGAUUAUAACGGAACCUUUCUGAUGUGGGAACCUUUUAAUAUCGGGAAGGUUCUGGAUUAUAACGGAACCUUUCUGAUGUGGGAACCUUUUAAUAUCAGGAAGGUUCUGGAUUAUAACAGAACCUUUCUGAUGUGGGAACCUUUUAAUAUCGGGAAGGUUCUGGAUUAUAACGGAACCUUUCUGAUGUGGGA